AUGGGUCUCGGAGACUGGGUUAAAGGCGUCGCUGCUGGUGUCACCUGUGGUGCGAUCGCUGUGGUUGCAGCCCCGGUUGCUCUCGGGGCAAUCGGAUUCACAGGCGCAGGCAUCGCUGCAGGUAGCACAGCCGCUGCGAUGAUGUCAAGUGCCGCCAUUGCGAAUGGGGGUGGCGUGGCAGCAGGCAGCACAGUUGCCGUUUGCCAGAGCAUCGGAGCGGCGGGGCUUGGCUCCGGUGCAACAGCUGCGGCAGCAGUGGGUGCGGCCUUGGGUGGAGGCGCAGCAGUGACGCGCGAUGCCUACCGUGCACUAGCAUGGCUCCGUGUUUCGGGUUUUUGA